UUCACAAUUUCCAGCCCCAGUAGCGCUCAGAUCAUCGACGGGAAAACACGUGUGUUUGGUUUUCGCGAAAACAGCAUCCGCGUGUUCUGAAUUUAAAUCGUAAACGUAUCCCGAUUUCUUUAUCGAAUAAAUGUUUUAGUGAUCACAUUUUAAUACUUUCGAUUGAUUAAGUUUUAAAAUGUGUGUGUGGUUUUGAAGAAUUGUGUGGUUUGUGACGUUUUUUGGACACUUUUGCCGGUGAUCGGAUAAACUUGUCUCGAAGAUUACCGACCAGCGACAUGUGGUCGGGCAAGAAGUGUUCAGAGGGGGGUGCGGGUACCCCGACUGAGGAGGAGAUCAAAGUCGUGCUUGUUGGUGACACACAGUGCGGGAAGACCUCAUUGGUGCAGAGAUUCGUUUCUGACGCCUUUGUUGAGGCAUACACACCCACGGGUUUUGAAAAGUACGGCUAUACUUGUACAGUGGCAGAUUACAGGGUCAACUUCUCAGUGUGGGAUACUUCAGGUACAACAGCCUACGACACGGUGAGGCCACUGGCGUACCAGGACGCGAAGAUAUUCAUGCUAUGCUUCAACAUCGCAGAGCCAGAGACCCUGAACAAUUCUGCUGCUAAGUGGUACAAAGAAGUCCGCACGCACGGCGGCUCCGCACCCGUGUUGCUGUGCGGAUGCAAGGCAGACCUCAGGCACGACAAGGAGACGCUCACAAUGCUGUCCAAGCUCAGAACACACCCAGUCACCAGCGAAGAGGCUCUAUCAGUAGCAAGACAGUUAGGAGCGACGACCUACGUGGAAACAUCAGCCCGAGCCUCCAGCAAAGGGGUGAAGGACGCCUUUGAGGUCGCAGCGUUGGCAGCACUAGGAAAACUUAACAAACAACAGAUGAAGCAACAGAAGCAAGUGGGACGCAGUAAAAGCAAGCGGGAUUUGAAAGCCGAGCUGAAAGGACGGGCGAAGAGUUGUUGCGUCAUGUGAUCCGUCGCCGGCCACCCAUCCAGGUGGCCGCACGACUGUUAGGUGACCACCGCCCUUCCAGAGUACUACAUAACGAACCUUUUUGGAUAACAAACAUUACUUGUUCCAACAAUGUCAAUGAGGAACAGUUGCGGGCCUAAUGGACAACCCUGUGGAACCCCUUUGGAAAUUAACGCUUUUGCGUUCUUCUUUGAAAAUUACAAAGUGUCAUUUUACUAUACCUAUUUAAAAUUGAAUAUUUGAUAAUACAAUGAAUAUGGUAACUUGAAUAAUGACGACGAAUAUCUUUAGUGUAAUUGGAACAGAGUUCGUUUUAAAAAGUUAUGAUAAGAAUUUAUUAUUAAAAAAAUUAAGGUGCAAUCGAUAACCCCCAGGGUUAGGAGCGUGAGAAGCCUGUGAUAACGUAAAAAUAGAGCAUUUGGAUUAUGGAAAAAGAUACGAAUAAAGUCUGGAUCUUAGAGAGGCAAUAUAUGCUCGAUUUUCAAUCGCGGAAUAUCACAAAUUGAACAUAACAGAUUUAAAAACAAUAGGGUUUCUAUUUACAGCAAACAAUUUAUAUAAGACAAGCGUAACGUAGCUAAAUGUGUGUUUUCAUAUACAGAAAUUAGAUUUAAUGUAUUAUUGAUGUUUUUUCUAUAAUAAAAGCAUUAUUGUAUGCUAUGUAAAUAUUAAACAACUACCAAUAAAUAGUAAUAAGAAAUUCGUAAAUUUCGAUUAACUCAAUGUGCUCAAAUUGUUUAGCGAAACCGUUAUUAAAGUAAAUAAUAUUGAAAUUGAACAAGUUUAGACGAAAAAAUUUGAUUAGAUAGAUGUUUUUUUUUUUGUGAUAAAGUAUUAUAUUACGAUAAUUAUUAUAGUAUUUUAAAACUGAAAUGCACAAUGAUGGACAAUACUACUAAAUACGGAGGUCCAUUUACUUAGUUCCACGUCCAUGUUGCUGUUAGAUUUUAGAUUUUUGUACGUUUAAUACAAAAAUAACAUUUCGUACGUAUUCCUGAGAUCACUUGUAAAAUUAAUUUACGUAGUUAAAAUCACCUGUAGUUGAAUUCAAUGUCUAAGUAUUUAAUUUUUUUAAUGUUAACGUUAAGGCUUUUGAAAAAUAUUUUUAAGAUAAUCAUUCUAAAUAAAUUGUUACAGAAGAAAAAUUAUUAACAUAAGAGCGAACUUCAAAAACAACAUAAAUAUAGCGUUCUAUAUUAAAAAGAUAUUCAAAAUGAAACUCUCGACUCAAAUUACGAUUAAUUUUAAAAAUAUUUUUUUGUAAUUUUGAUCCAAAAAUCAUAAAUAUUCAUUCGUAAUUUGAAUCGAAUCCAUACAAGUAAGUUUACAGAUUGUUUUAUAAUAUUUGUUUUAGAUAAUUUAUUAUUAUAUUUUGUCUUAUUAUAAGUCGAUAUCAAGCUUUAAAUUUGAUGUUAGCUUUAAUUAACGAAUAAAUUAUUGUAUUUACUAUUUAAAACAAUUGAAAAUAUAUCUUUUAUUCCCGAACUGUUUAAAAAAAAACCUCUCUUACUUACAUUUAAUUUAAAUAUUUAUUUAACUAUUAUCAUUAUUGUUUAUCGAAGGACAUAUCACUCUCAAAUGAUCACGUUUACAACAAUAGUAAGGGACAAAAAUAAACGUGUCUUUACAAAAAUACCUACCUACCUAUUUAUUUUUGGAAAUUAAAAAUGUUAAAAAAUAUGAGGAUAAAUGAAUCAUUACAACUUAUCUAUUGUGUAAUACGUAAUAUGUUUUUGUUUUAUAUAAACUAUUCAUGUAUAAACAAAGAAAGAUAAUUCAAAUUGUGAAUAAAAGUCAUGGUCCUACUUUUUACUGUAUUUUAAUUGUAAAAACUGUCUUUAAUCUAUGUGUAAUUGGUUGAUUAAAGAAAUCAAGUAGCGUACUUAUAUUAAAGAAAAUAUUUCUUUCUAAUGCCGGCUUCCCACGGUGCGUGAUAUUUUAAACGGUCGCGGACCAGCCCGCGCCGACAGUGCACCCUUGGAAGGGUAUCCCGUGGUACCCGUGGUAGAGAACACACACGUCGUUAUCGGCGGUCAUGCGUGAUAAUCCACACAAUCCGCACCGUGGGAAUCCGGCAUAAGUAGCAAAUGUGCCUAUUAUUUUACCUGUAACAUUAUUAGAUAAAACAAAUUGUUUGUAUAUCGUAGACAACAUGUAAAAUGUAAACUUAAACAUGCAAAAUAUUCAAAUGAGUUUCAUGCUUUUAUAUCAAUUCUAGCCGAAUCGAACUGAAGAACAGUAGUUAUAGUUCAUGUUAUAUAACAUUGUUAUAUUACGGACUUGUUAAUGUUACAACGCUGUAAUAGUAAUGUCAAAUAAUGUGGAAUUUAAAUGCAACUCAGAACUCAGAUACUAUCGAAAAUAUUUUGUAUCUAAAUGGGGUCCUAAUUGAAAAACCAUGUAUUUCUAAUAGGUACUUUCUAUGAAAGUUUUUGAAAGACAUCCAUAAUAAUAGACUCGUAUGUUGUCUGAGUUUAUAAGAUUAUAUUAUUAAAAUUGUUUUAUUUAGGUACAAAGAAAAAGUAUAAAGGAUAAUGUAAGUGCGUUUGUUUUCCAACAUCUCGACUCUAGACAGUUUUUAAUUAAGCCACUUUGAAUGUUGUUUCUAGUAAUAUUAUUGAAUAUAGCGUUCAAUGUUUUUGAAA